AUGAUUUUAAUAAUAGUGAUUCAUGCACAAGUGGUGUUGUAUGCCAUUUUCAACAACGCCGGCAUACGAGGAAAUAUAACAUUCUACCAAGGUCCUGAAGAUAGAAAUGUCACUAUUUCCGUACAUUUGAGCUCUGUGAGCUCAGAACCCAGGUCUUUUGCUUGGGGUAUUUAUUCCUUUCCUGUGUUUUUCGAUUCCAAAGCGCCAUGUGCAUCAUCAGAGCUAGGAUCCACAUUCCACGAUCUUGCCAAACGUCAUGGUUCCAUCAUGAUUCCUGCAGCGGAUGGUGUAACCCAGGUUUUCACCGAUUCAGAGCUACAAUUGAGGGGUGCUGAUACAAUUUGGGGCCGAUCGUUGCUGCUAAGGAGUACAGCCUAUAACACAGAUCUCAGAACGUGCGCCAACAUCGCCAGCGAUGGCGAAGCAAAGACUGUGGAGGCCACGUUCUCCUCCCCGGUUGCUGGAACAGUUAUAUUCCGACAAAGUGAGUUGGGGGAAACGACCAUAUUCGCGAAUAUAUUCCACACAACUGAAGACUACACGCCAUCGACAAACCAUGAAUGGAGGAUAUUGGCCACGGAUAUUCUGGAUACCACCAAGGAGAUAUCUAGGAAACGGAGAUGUGAAUAUUUGCAGGUUCUCUUCGAUCCUAAUAAUGUCGAAGAUUCUGAUUGCUCCAAAAGUUCCCAUCAUAAUUGCAAAAUUGGUGAAAUGACGAGGAAACAUGGCGAGGCUGUGGUCGGAGCUACGAAUUCUCGUUAUUCUAAAAGGUUCUACGUUGAUACUAACCUUCCUCUGGCUGCAAUGGAGGGGGGCCUUCGCUCCCUCUACCUGGUGCUUUACGAAAAUGGCAACCCAUUCCGCAUCAUGGCUUGUGCACCACUAAUCCCGAUUCGGCCCAAAGAAGUAAAAGCUUACAUCAAUUCGGAUUCUGUAAAAGGACACAUAUUGUUCAGCCAGAGCUACAGGACUCAGCCGACUGUGGUCACCAUCCAGUUGCACAAUCUUCGGGGAAGAGGAUCUGCCUUUGGUAUCUAUGAGUUUCCUAUUCCAGCCAGGACCAAGGGAGGAGAGAAUUAUUGUCAGCAGAAGUACGUCGGACAGCUAUACAAUCCGUACGAAAUGAAAGAAAAUGGCAGCCCGUCGCCGGGAGAAGGUACUGGUGACCAAUAUCCCGUAGGAGAUCUUAGUGGCAAAUUUGGUCUGUUGGAUUCAAGUCCUCUGAUGAAUCUUCAUUUGGGAAUCCACGUUGACUUCAACAUGCCCUUGUUCGGAAUUAACAGCGUCAUCGGAAGGUCUAUCGUCCUUACCGGGCUAGAAGGCGAGCCAUGGAUCUGCGCAAAUAUCGGAUAUCCUAGUCCAACAAGGAUCGCAGUUGCCACUUUCGUUUUUCCGCUGGCGGGAGAAGUGGUUUUUAGGCAGGCAGAGAACAAUCCUUAUGGUGAAACCACGGUGUUUGGAGAGUUCUUCUACAUUGAUGGGAAUAUUAACGACACUUCAGAACACAGGUGGGACGUACAUGAUUUUGAGCCAGGUAGAGAUUUUUAUAAUUGGACAAAACGUUGUGAAAGCACUGGUGGCCAGUUUAAUCCAUUUGGUGUGGGUGCUGGAAGACAGUAUGACAGACACUGCAAUGCCGAGAAUCCUUUACGUUGUGCUGCUGGUGAUCUCACGGGUAAAGGUCAGCGAAUACACGUUGCAGCCACGAAAAUGAAUCCUCGUGCGAUCAAAAACAAAAUCUUCUACACGGAUGUCCAGCUGCCACUAUCCGGUCCAGACAAGAUACCGGGCAAGGGUCUUGUAAUCCACGACGACCACGCCCCACCACAUCGUGGGGACAGACUGGCGUGCACCGGAAUCCGGCUAAGACAUCCAGUAAAAGCGUCUGUAAGAAGUUGGCUUAGUGGUCCGGCAAUAGAAUCAAAUGUAUCUGGUGUAGUGAUGUUUACUCAAGAGUCUGAAUUUGAUGUAACUGAAGGAAAGGUAGAAUUGAGCGGACUCGCAGGACUGGCAGGAGGAUAUCAUGUCCACAAGAUUUGGGUUCCCAUCGAUCGUGAAUUUCCUUGUACAUCCGAUUCCGUUCAGGGUCAUUUCAACCCAUACGGUGUGAAUGUGUCUUUAGGUCCGGCUGCCGGUGUUGGGUCUAACGACCAAUAUGAAGUGGGCGAUCUCAGUGGAAAAUUUGGAACUCUGGAUGGACAGGACUCUUUCCGGAUGCAAGAAUUUAAAGACAACAACCUGCCACUUCAUGGUCCUCACAGCGUUGUUGGAAGAUCCGUAGUCAUUCACAAGCGAGUCAGAAACUUUCAGUGGACAUGUGGUACUAUUCAGCCGGAACACAAAGCGGAUGGAAUAAGAGAAGUGAUAGGUUUAGCAUCCUUUCAUAAAGAAGGUAUUGCAAUUGAAGGAUAUAUACGCUUGCGUCAACUAGAAUAUGCUGAUGGAGGUCGAGGGGAUACAUGGAUUGAAAUUGACUUAAGGCAUCCGGGUGCUCAUAAUAAAAAUAUUACAAAAAGACAUGAAUGGGCAAUCUACGUCAAUCAAGUGGCCCAUGAUGCUGUGGAGAAAGUGGAGUCUUCUCGUUGCAUUUCUGCAGGAUAUAGAUGGAACCCUUACAUUGUAAAAUCUGAUGAUGAUUUUUACAAGGAUGAAUGCAAUAUCGAAAAUCCUUACCGAUGUGAGAUGGGAGACCUUGCUGGAAGACAUGGUCUUCUAGAAAUUGGUACUGGAAGAAAGGUACUCACUGAUGUCAAUUUACCUCUUGUGGGAAAUUACUCAGUGAUGGGCCGUUCUAUAGUCAUCUUUGCUAAGGAUGGUUCACCUAACAAGCUUGCAUGUGCCAACAUUCUUCCAGACAUCCAUUUAAUUCGCCACAUUACAGUUAAAAAGAAUCCAGGUUUCACUGUUUUAAGAUUCAUGAAUCAUAUGAGAGACCUUUUGGAUGCUAAAGAUUGGUUGGUAAUUCAAGAUACUCAGUCUCAAAGGGAAAUAUUAGAUGGACAGUGCAUUCAAUUGACAGUACAUUUUUAUGGGCCAGAAGCUCAUCGAUUGCAGAUAGAAUUUAGCAAUCUCAUAAAUCUAGGUAGUGUUCGUAGAAACACUAGAUUAGGGUUGAAAGUCAUUGAAACAUAUUACAAGCCUUGCAGAAAUUUGAACGAUGUGAAUAUUUCAAACAUUCCAAGCCCUUCAAAAUACAUUCUUUUCCUAUUAUGCACAGUUCUCUUUAAGUUGCAAACCAAGAAGUAUUUUUAAAAGUACUUUCUGUUAUACACCUCAGUGUCAUUCAAGGAAUGCUGCUUUACACCCAAAACAAAGGAAGAAGCUUAUAAAAGUGUAAGAGUAACAUUCUAAAGAAAAAUAAGUCCUUGUAAUAAAGGCACAAAACAAGACCAAAGCCAAUAAUUCUAAACAUUGAACUAUCACCGGACAGCUCUUUGUAUAUAAAUCAUUAAGAACAUCAUUUGUAUCUCAGUUUCAUUUCUUCAUUUAAAUCUGUGUAUUGUACUUAGUGAUGCUUUUUAUACUGAAAAUGUG